AUGCUCCGCGGCCAGACCCUCCGCUGGAGAGCCGCGCUCCAAACACCGCGCCCUUUCAUUCUCCGGCCCCUAUUUGCUUCACACGGAUACAAUGUCGGCUCCCGAUCGUUUUUAGAGGCGUCGCGCCGUUUCCGUUCACUUCCGCCGUCCCCUCGCACUUUUUCAUCCAGCGCCGCCCGGCGGAGAGAAAAACCUCCACCUGGAGAUGAGAAGGAGGAUCCAAACCAAAAAGAGAACAAAGAGGAUAAAGAUGGAGGCGAAGAUAAAGACGUUGACCGCGAGCCUCGCCGAAAGCAGGUUGAUUCGUCUGCGAAGCAGGGCUCUGUAGAAUCAGGAGCUCCGACAUCGGCCUUCGCAAGGCGGAAGGAGAAAGCGGUGGAUAAGGAGCAGCGUAGCGUGGAUGAAGAUGCAAAAAAGGAAGCUGAAGGGAAAGGCAACUCUUCGGACACUCCCUCAACUAUUCCUGUAGGUGAGGGUUCGUCAGACUCCAAGCCCAGUGGCUCGAACAAUGGUGGUGAUGAUGGUGGAAAGAAAGGAAAGAAGAGCUCCAAUGACAAGGCCCUGCAAAAGCCAUCAGUACCUGAGGUUUAUCCUCAAGUUAUGGCAAUUCCUAUUGCUAAACGCCCGCUUUUCCCCGGUUUUUACAAAGCUAUUACCAUCCGCGACCCAAAUGUCGCUACCGCUAUCCAAGAUAUGAUGAAACGUGGGCAGCCAUACGUGGGGGCCUUCCUGUUCAAGGAUGAAAAUGCGGACGGUGAUGUGAUUGAGAACACAGACGAUGUCUAUGACGUUGGCGUAUUCGCCCAGGUUACUGCUGCUUACCCUCUACGCGGGGAACAAAGCGGCGUGACAGCCGUACUCUACCCCCACCGACGUAUCAAGAUAUCUUCUCUACUGCCACCUAGCGAUUCCUCGAAGGCUGCCACGCCGGAGGAUAAGACCACAGAAAAGCGCGGUGACGUUGUAGCGAGCUUUGAGGAGAACUCCGAACUCGCACCGAAAGAUCAUUAUGAACCUACCUCUUUCUUACGGAAAUACCCAGUCAGCUUAGUGAACGUUGAGAACCUUACGGAAGAGCCCUUUGAUAAGAAGAGCGCUAUUAUCCGAGCCGUGACAAGUGAAAUUGUCAACGUCUGCAAGGAAAUCGCUACGCUGAACCCCCUGUUCCGUGAUCAGAUCUCGGCGUUCUACACGGAUCAGUUCCCUGGAAACCUGAGUGAUGAACCUGCUAAGCUGGCGGACUUUGCUGCGGCCGUCUCUGGGGGAGAGCUGCAUGAGCUUCAGGAAGUUUUGGAGCUUAUGAAUAUCGAAGAGAGAUUGCCUAAGGGCCUGGUUGUCCUGAAGAAGGAGCUUAUGAAUGCCCAGCUUCAAUCCAAGAUAUCUAAGGAUGUUGAGGCCAAGAUUCAGAAGCGGCAACGAGAGUACUGGUUGAUGGAGCAGAUGAAGGGGAUUAAGAGAGAGCUGGGCAUUGAGUCCGAUGGGAAGGAUAAGCUCGUGGAGAAAUUUAAGGAGAAGGCGGAGAAACUCGCAAUGCCCGAAGCUGUGAAGAAGGUGUUCGAUGAAGAGAUCAACAAGCUUGCUCAUCUUGAGCCCGCUGCCUCUGAGUUCAAUGUCACCCGGAACUAUUUGGACUGGUUGACACAAAUUCCCUGGGGGAAAAGGAGUGUGGAAAACUUUGGGAUUAAUCAUGCGACCACUGUUUUGAACGAAGAUCACUACGGUUUGAAGGACGUCAAGGACCGCAUUCUCGAAUUUAUUGCCGUUGGAAAGCUCCGAGGUACCGUUGAAGGAAAAAUUCUCUGCCUUGUUGGUCCUCCUGGUGUCGGAAAGACAAGUAUUGGAAAGUCCAUCGCCCGGGCGCUGAACCGACAAUACUAUCGGUUCUCCGUAGGUGGAUUAACGGAUGUGGCAGAGAUCAAGGGUCACCGAAGGACGUACGUGGGGGCUCUUCCAGGGCGUAUAAUUCAAGCACUCAAGAAGUGUCAAACGGAGAACCCUCUUAUCUUGAUCGAUGAAGUGGAUAAGAUUGGCCGUGGUCACCAGGGCGAUCCAUCUUCAGCAUUGCUUGAACUUCUCGAUCCCGAGCAGAACUCGUCCUUCUUGGAUCAUUACAUGGAUGUGUCCGUGGAUCUAUCGAAGGUCCUGUUCGUUUGCACUGCCAACAUCACUGAUACGAUACCCCGGCCAUUGCUAGAUCGCAUGGAGGUGAUCGAGCUGUCUGGCUAUGUUGCGGAUGAGAAAAUGGCGAUCGCUCAACGAUAUCUUGCUCCCUCUGCUCGAGAACUUACUGGCCUCAAGGACGUUGACGUCAACCUGAAUGAGGAAGCGAUUGAAGAAUUAAUCAAGUCGUACUGUCGCGAAAGUGGUGUACGAAACCUGAAGAAGCAGAUCGAGAAAGUCUAUCGGAAGGCCGCCUUCAAAAUUGUUCAGGAUCUCGGAGAAGAGGUUCUAUCAGAGGAGAAGGCCCUCACGGAUGAAGGCAAGGCAGCGCAAGAGGAGUCGAACAAGGAGGAAACAUCGAGUGAAUCGGACAAGUCAACCGCAGAAACGCCUCGGGUGGCACUCAAGGUACCCGAUACCGUACAGCUCAGCAUCGGCAAGGACAGCUUGACCGACUACGUUGGUCCGCCAAUUUUCACUGCUGACCGCCUGUAUGACACCUUCCCACCGGGUGUUACAAUGGGUCUGGCUUGGACCAGCAUGGGAGGUGCGGCUCUGUACGUCGAGUCCAUCUUGGAAAACGCGUUGACACCCGAGUCACGACCGGGCCUCGAUAUCACGGGUAAUUUGCAGAAUGUGAUGAAGGAGUCCACUCAGAUUGCCUACUCCUUUGUGAAGUCGGUGGUGGCCAAACAGUACCCAGAAAACCGAUUCUUUGAAAAGGCCAAAUUACACAUGCACUGCCCGGAGGGUGCUGUUCCAAAGGAUGGCCCAUCCGCUGGUAUCACAAUGGCGACAUCUCUCCUUUCGCUGGCAUUGAACCAUCCCCUGGAUCCAACGAUCGCCAUGACCGGAGAGCUGACAGUGACUGGGAAAGUAUUGCGCAUCGGGGGUCUGCGAGAGAAGACCGUAGCUGCACGCCGUGCUGGCGCCAAGAAGAUUAUUUUCCCAGCCGAUAACAUGUCCGACUGGCUGGAGCUACCUGAGAACAUCAAAGAAGGAAUUGAAGGCCACCCCGUGAGCUGGUAUUCAGAAGUGUCCGAUAUCCUGUUUGCCGAUGUCGAUAAGGAUACCGCAAACCACGUUUGGCAGAAGCAGCUGUCCGAGGAUCCCAAGAAGAAGAAGAAGUCUAAUGACCAUGACGAGGACGAUGACUGA